GCUCGGCGGGAAGCGGGGGCAGCGGGCCGGGUGUCCCCCGGCGGCGCGGGCACGGGCGCGGCGGGCAGGGCUGCUGCUGGGACCUGGCACGGCUGCCCGCGCCUGGCUUACCCACCGCUCUCCCCGGGCCAGGGCCUUGGGGGGCGACUCAGGGUCCUGUGGCUGCCGUUGGAGUUCACGCUGGCGACCCCAGGGCCGACAGUCGCGCCGACUGCAAGUAGUCUCAUUUUCACAUCCUUCAGGGACACCGGCCCCUGCGAAGACGGGGGCGAUUUCAAAGCGUAGGCACCUCGGUUCCCCGAAUUUGUGGUGUGGCCGGCAUCGGUGUGCCCCUGCUUUAACUAGCCUGUUUGGGCCUUCGCUUCUGGACAAGGGACGUGAGCCAGGAUGGUGAAGUUUCAGGUUAACAGAAAGAAACCCUUUUAUUGUCAAUAUUAAUGGCAAGCCUCGACUUUUACAAGGCUGGGGUUUAGCAGCAUGAGCAGAUCAAAAGCAGCGUGACCUGAUUUCUCAAUAUUCUCUGGAGCUUAGAUAAUUAACUGCAAUUUUGCUCCUAAUGAAACAACAAAAAAAGUUCUUGAGCAUUACAGAAAUGUUCAAGUUGGUCUUUCAGCAAGAAUUUUGCCUGUGCACAACACGUCAGAAUCUAAUAAAUUCGUCCACUGAACCUGAGUGGAGUUUUGAAGGAAACCUCAAGAAAACGUGUGAGCAGAGUGUCCUCAUUUGCAAUGCCACGAGCCUGUUUCCGUGUGCAUUCCACACUGGCCUUUCUGGCGGGGCCAGGAUCCGGCAGACCGAGGUCUCCCUGAAGGCGCAGCUCAUUCUUGGGGAACUACAACCGAAAGCAGUCUUUCCUUACCCCCUUGGGGGUCCUCGUUUUACCAGCCUCUCUCUGUCUGGGACUCCAGAAAGACAAACUUCAGAGUGGCCAAGCGGCCGCAGCUAGUCGAAGUCUGACCUCUCCUGUCACAAGCAGACCCUCACCUCCAAGCCCUCCGGAGCAGCCGGGAAGCCGCCUGCGGAUGGACCACGUUCAGUUCAGUGGGCUGCUCGGCCGCGUGGGAGCCGGGCGGGAGCCCAGCCGGCCUGGCCUCCCUGGCCGCGCCCUGGACCUCCUGCGCCCGGACCGAGGUGGGCCGGGCGGACUCUCCGCGCGCGCUCACCGGCUGCGGGGCCUGGACCUGCCCCUCCGGCUCUCUGAGCCUCAGUUUGCUCGUCUGAAUAGUGGGCGACGGCACCGACCCGAGGGUAUGUGGGGGCGACUGCAUGAGAUUCGGGCGCCCGCAAGAGCGAGACGCCCGGCGCUCGGGCUGCGCUCCGUCAACACUUGGGCAUUUGCUCUUCGUGCCUCUCGGGCCUUCUCCUCCCUCCCAACCGCCGGCAGACGCGGGCCCACCGCGCUGGGCUGGGUCGCGCCCGAGCAGCCUCUGUACCCGGAGCCCCGCCGCGAUCCGCGCGCGCGGGCGUCGCGAGGACCCGCCCCCAGGACGGCGCGCCCGAGGGGGCCUGGGGGGCAGGGGCGCGGCCCCUGGCGGCCCCCGCGCAGCUGCUGGGCCGCCCUCCGUCAGGCCAAAUGAUCCCCACUCGGGUCCCGCCACCGGGGCCUCGGCCUCCAGGGCCUCCCGCCGCCCGCCAGGGACUCCUCGCCGGAGGCGGGCAGGAAGGGGUUAACCCGCCCCCCUCCCACCCACCCCCCCGCACUCGGCCCGGGCGAAGGCCGGCGCUUCCCUCCUGAGGUCUCAUUAGGAAAACCCUCACCGCUAUUUCCAACAUUUCCUCAAUCAAGUGCCUUUAAAUAGAGCUGCACAAACAAAUUGGCGGCAAAAGCGUAGAUCUUGUCACGAUUGAGACCGAUCCAAUAUUUCAGCCUUGUUUGCUUUGCAAUUACGGGUUGGCUUGUGGCUGCGGUGGCACGGGGCAGAUCGCAGCCGCCCGCCCUCUUCUGUGCCCCUGGUGGGUGGAGGGAGCGACCCGCGGAGCCCGGGCGGAGGGGCGCAGGGGGCGACAGCGGCGAC